AUGGCUCAAUCUGGUGUCUCCGUCUCGCCUGAGUGCAUCAGCGCCUUCAACGAGCUCAAGCUCGGCAAGGACAUCAAGUGGAUCAUCUACAAGAUUAGCGACGACUGGAAAGAGAUUGUCGUCGAGGAGACUUCCAAGGAAGCAAACUUUGACGUGUUCCGCGAGAAGCUGCUCAACGCCAAGAGCAAGGACCGCAAGGGCAAAGAGGGCAUUGGCGGCCGCUACGCUGUCUUCGAUGUCGAGUACGAUCUCGAAAGCGGUGAGGGAUCAAGGAGCAAGAUCACUUUCAUCAGCUGGACACCAGACGACGCGCCACAAUACCCUCGCAUGAUGUACUCGUCCUCCAAGGAAGCCAUCAAGCGCGCCCUCAACGGUCUCGCCGCCGACAUCCAGGCCAACGAUGCCGACGACAUCGAGUUUGAGAACAUCAAGACCCGCGUCUCCAAGGGCCGUUAA